AUGGUGGCGGUGCACAGGUACGAACCUCACUGGCCAGACGAGCUGAGGCUGACGCUUGGUGACGUGGUCCUGGUCCUGUCCAAACACGAGGAGGGGCGAUGGUUCGGACGGCUCCAGGACGGGCAGAGGGGGUACUUCCCAGCCUCGUGCGUCAUGGAGCUAAACCAGGCUAAAAAGCAGAUCACAAGUCACAGAAGGACUGUGUCUCUGAGAAGCACAGUUUCGGACGAUGCAGGUGUUCGAAGGAGACAUCAAACUGGACACGUUCAGCAUGCGCUCAGGAGGGGCAACAGAGCCGGAGGAUCGGCUUUGGACUGGGGCCAGUCUGACAGCGAGGGUCCUGUCUCAGCUACGCACUCUCAGCGGUCGCCCAGUCUCCUCCACAGGAUCCUGUCCAAGUGCCGCAGGAAGAGCCAGUGCCAGGGAGCCACCAAUAGGGCCUUUGAGGAUGACUAGACCCCCUACUGUCAACUGUGGGCUGUGCAAAGAAUUUGUUUUGGAGAAUUACCUCACACAUCCUUUGAACCCACUGGGCCCCUCUCUUUCACUGUUGUCGCUGGAGGAAUUGGGUGAAAAGAAGCAGGAUUGAGGCCUAAAUUUCACCAAAUGACCACGCACUGAGGCUGUUGCUACGAGCAACACUGGAGCAAUGUACACGGCACUCUUUUCUUUCUCCUCUGUACCACAGUGCAGAGGGAGGGCUGGAGGUUACCUCUCUCUAGAAAAUAUACACAAACUCUAAUCCCAACCUUGGCCUUGACCUUUGCUGGGAAACGCAGUGGGUCCUCACCCUGACUAGAUUAGGUCUGUGGUUUAGUCCUUUGUGUGGGGCCUGUAGGGGGCAGUCACUUUGGGGCCAGUCAUUCUGGG